AUGCCCCUGUUCAUACAGCACAUUCGACGGGCGUCAGAAGCACGAGAGAAGGUGCUUGGACAUGAGCAUCCUGACACGCUCACCAGUGUCAGUAACCUUGGCUUAGUGCUUGACAGGCAAGGGAAAUAUGAAGAGGCGGAAGCGAUGCAUCGACGGGCGUUGGAAGGAUAUCAAGAUGUUCUUGGACAUGAGCAUCCCGAUACACUCACCAGUGUCAGUAACCUUGGCUUAGUGCUUGACAGGCAAGGGGAAUAUGAAGAGGCGGAAGCGAUGCAUCGACGGGCACUAGCACGACAUGUAGAGGUGUCUGGACGUGGACAUCCCCCAACUGUCACUACUCUCGAUAUUAUUUAA